UCCCUGGUCUGUCAUCCACACCGCUGUUGUUGCAGCCAUUUUACCGUGGAGCGUCGGCAACAGCGGCGACCGGAGGAUGCCGAAAGAGCAGCGUUAAAAGAUUCAGACUGAAUGUUGCAAUACCGCCAUCAGUCAUGGGGGCAGUGUGUAGCAGUGUAGCAGAGACGACUUCAACAGAACGGCUGGGUUGAAGGCAGUUGGAAGAGCAACCAUAGAGUUGAGGAGGUCCUUGCAAAAACUGGCGACAUGAAACAUGGCUGACGCGGUGCGAGGUCCCGUGGUUAGCCGGCCAUUGGCUUUUGCCAAUGAAGAGCGGCGGACGGUUCACUCCUGGUCCCGUAUCUCAUCUGCAGGGCAGAACGUCCUCCUGGAUGCUCUGAAAAUCCUGAGCCCCAUGUCCCGAGACCUCUCGAGCAGCGAGGAGCUGGUCACCUUCCUGCAGGAGCUGAGAAAUGAGGGCCACAAGCCCACUGUGUUACGCAGCAAAGAUGUGUACCACUACCGCUCCUGCACCAACCAACCCCUGACCAUUGACAAGUUGAAGGCGCCAAGCAGGAACGUCAGACCCACCGCCAAGAGGAGGGCUAAGAGGCCCCUCACUAAGAAGAGGGACGUGCACCCAUCCUGGAACAUCUCUGGCAGGAGCAACCCCAGAAUACAUGGGAUCCCUCCUCCAGAGCUGCUGAUGGACCACCGAGCCUUCCUCUUUAGCAGGUCACCCAGCAGGACUGUUCACCUGUCGCGGGCCUUUCAGGUGAGGCCAUGUCUCAGACUGACCAACAUUGAAGGCCCGUCUGGCUUCCACACUGCCAGACUCCAGAUCCACACUUCCUGGGACUCAUCAUCUGAGAUGCCCACUGUUACCUUUUCACAGCAACAGCACCCUCCAACGCUUUCAGGAAUACCUUUGCAGCCUUCUCAGAACGGUGGUGGGGCCCCCACCAAAGCUGUGGCCUUGUUUAGCCAGAAGAGCCUGUCGUGUCCCAUCCGAUUGGAUGGAGCACUAAUUGGUGAUUCUGCACCGGUCUUUUAUGCUAACGGCCGGGCUUUUCCAGAGACUCACACAGAGCUGACCAGUAAUGGUUGGAGGAGUAACGGCCUCCAUAGGGAUGCUCGGAGCCCCAAGGAACUGAACCGAGGCCCAAAAGAACUCAACCGGAGCCCCAAGGAACUGAACCAUCGCACCCGGCAGAGAAAUGGCUGGAAAGACAAGAAAAGUUUUAGAUGGAAAGUGAUUAAGGUGGACGACUCUCGCUCUGUGGCUGAUGCUCGCAGGAAAGCGCAGAAGAUCCUACAGGUCAACCUUUCUCCAGUGAUUCAGAUCCAACCUCUCCAGCAUCUCCUGAGGGACUUCAGAUACCAGAAUAAGUGACGAUUCCCCCAACACCUUCACACAUCGUUUCCUCUAGCAGAUAUUAAUGUUUUACAUCCAUUAGCCUCUACCUGGUUGAGCGCCAGUGUUCACGAUAAACAUCUUUCAUGGGUUCUUGUGAUCUCUGCUCAGUCUUCGAGAUAAAGAUGUAAGAAUCUGUCUGUGAAAGUUCUGGUUUCUUACAGGGGCACUUGGUUUUAAAAGGCAUUUGAACUUAGGAGAUUCCUUUCCCAGCAGGCUGGGAAAUGACACUCAGCCAAAUGCUGGUGCAUUUUCACCGUUUCAACCAACCAUCAUUCUGCUUUGAGUUGUCUUUCUGCUAGCUGGUGUUGCUAAUUAGUUUUGGGAGGCAGCAUCCACUGUGACUGUUAAUAAGAUCAAUUUUCUGCUGCUCCCCAAGGAACUGAGAGUGGCGAAAAGCUGUUUGAAUAGUAUUUAUUCCUCAUUUUAAAUAUAGCGCCAUUUUUUAAAUAUUUCUUACUUGUAGCGCUCAAAACAGUGCAGUCACUCUAGAGUACCUUUUACUCCACUGGAAGAUGAAGAUGAAGGCGUAGUUGGGCCAUGAGAAUACUGCACCAUUCUCUGAUGAACUGGUGGACAAAUAAAGCAGGUUUCCUCAGUCUUCAGGUGAGCAGACAUGGUGGUUGGUUGGUUUCAGCAAAACAAAUGAACUCAACAAAAGGAAGGAAAUGAAAAGAAAGUGUUUGGUUUUUCUUCCUUUUUUGUGUUUUCACUGGAAGUCAGGAGGUUCUGGCAGUGAGUUCAGCAGGGAAUCCCACCAUUUAGCAUAUAGAGAUGAAUUUAUGUUUGAGAUUUGUUUGACCGACAGUCCUUCACAAAGUGUUCCUUUUGGUAAUCCACACAUACAGACAAGAACAGAGUAUUUUUGACUGUUGGGAAUUUUUUUAUGUCUCAUGACAAGCCGUCAUUAAAUGAAAGCAACUGCAGAAAACAGCAUAGAAGACAACUUGGCUGUUGUUGAAACAUUUUGAUUUCUGACAUAAAUCUGAAAUGUCAAUUGAGGGAAAGAGAGAACUCUCAGAAACAAGUAUUCAUUUUUAAGUAAUCUUUCAGUUUCAACUUUUCACCCCUGAAGUUCUUCCAUUCUGUCAAGGGAUUCUGGCCAACCAAUGUCAGUUUUAAGACGUUUUACCCCAGAUUUAAAAGACAAAUAUGCACUGGGGCAGGGAAUACAUCAGUAGCUGAUUUUGUGCUGCUCAAGAUUCAUUUUUGUCCAAUAAAUUUCUGUUCUUUACACCGUUAACAAGUCCUGACUCAAGACAGUGGUUCGGCUUAUAUAAUAUGUUUGGCAAAUAAGUUAUAUCAGUGGUUCCCAAACUUUUUCUAUCAGGCCCCCUUUGCAGAUGACCCCCCCCCCCCCACCUCACCGCUCCUAUCCACAUGUAAAAACAUGUAAACGUACGAAGAACACAAGUUAUUCACAAUUUUUUGCCAAAAAUCCUACAACAUAAACCUUGAAAAUUUAAAAAUCUGACUCCCUGAAGUUAAACAAUUCCCUGAAGAUAAUACCUUCACACACACUUUGGGAACCACUGAGUUAAUUUAGGAUGCAGGCCUGUUACGUAUAAUAUUAACUGCACCUUUUUUUCCCCUUCCUUCACUUUUUUAUUUGGAUCUGAUGGCAAAAUUAAGUUUGUUGAAUCAUUUGCUGUGAUAGAUUUGUUGUGGCCAAUCCUAAACUAAAAAUUGCACUUUUGUCGUUUCUUCCUGAACAUGAAAGUCAUAAAUAUUUUCAUUUUGUGCAACAAGCUAGAAAAUAUUUUGACAUUAUUUCUAAAAUUGUCAAUACAGGUGCUAAUUAUUCCACAUCAUGCUGAAUAAAAUAACUGGCUAAGGAAUGUAGUCAUUGUUGUCUUCUUCGAGUUCAGAUUGAAGCAUUUUCUGAGGGACUGAAAGAGUUGCUGCCCCCUGCAGGUUAGGAUGAAUAUGUCAAACCGCCUUGAGUGCUUUCCAAAGGGUUUUUACUGUGAGAAACCAUCCAAAUCCAUUUCCAUGUUGUCAUCUGUGAAAAAUCCUGUGUAUUUCCCUAAAAAACAAAGAUCUUUGGGCAAAAACCACAUUACACUAAACAAGGGUAACGCUAUGAGUGCAUAAAUUCUUACCUCAAAGUUUUGUCAUGAGCCUCUCCUUUAUUUUUACCGAACUCAAGAUCAUCAAAUGUGAUAAAACCAUGAGAAAAAUCUGCUUAGAUCGUCUAGAUUUAUAUCAUUUAUUUACAGAAGUAUUUAUUACUGAAACAAAUUGUCGUCAAAUAGGACUUUAGUUUCAAAACCAUGAAAAACAUCAAAUUUAAUAUGAAACUGGAGUCCAACCAUCCCAGCAUGUUUGAAUGUUUUGGAUUAUGUUAUGGCCUACUUGGUAGACAGAUUAACUCAGAUUUAAAGCAAAGAUCUGUGCUACCUGAUUCAAGGUCCCUAGAUGAUUAACUGAUUUGUUUUCCUGUUUAAACUGAGACCACAUCAGUGUCUGGUGGUCUGCUUUGCAGGUUUCCAUUUCUCUGUUCUGAUGAAGAUGUUCUUGAAGAACCCCUCCCCCCGUCUUACCUGUCUGUACGCAGUCAUGUUCAUGACCAUUGACAAUUCCCCUUUUUCUAGAUGUUUCUGUUAGUCUUAUUUGUGCAACACUUGUAAAAUAUUGUAUUUCCUAAAUGAUCUUUGAAAACUUUUUUUGUUCAAUAAAACUGAUAUGAAAAGAA